AUGAUUCUCCUGCAGAAACACAUCCUUCUUCUCGCCUUCCGUCCCCGCGCCGCCACUACUCUCCUACCCUUCCGCCACCGAUGCCGCUUCUCCAGUACCCGAUUCGCCACCACCAGCGCCGCCGUCGCAGCCUCAGCUCCGUUCGCCGUGCAGGACUACCUGGUAUCCUCGUACCACCUCACCCCGGCGCAGGCCGUGAAGGCCUCGAAGCUCCUGUCCCACCUCAAGUGCGCCUCCAAGCCGGACGCCGUUCUGGCCGUCCUCUCCGACCUCGGCCUCUCCCACGCCGACCUCGCCGCCGUCGCCGUGUACGACCCUCUCCUCCUCUGCUGCGAGGUCCACAAGACGCUCGUGCCGCGCCUCGCGGAGCUGCGGGACCUCGGGCUCUCCCCGUCCCAGAUCGCCCGGCUCGUCGUCGCCGACCCCGCCCGCGUCCGCCGCUCCACCAUAGUCUCCAAGCUGGAGUACUAUGUUCCCCUCUUGGGCUCGUUCGAGACCUUCCUCCAGACGCUGAAGGGGAACAGGUACCUCCUCAGCUCCGACCUGGAGAACGUGGUGAAGCCCAACGUGGCCUUCCUGCGGGAGUGCGGGGUAGGUGCUUACGAUAUUGCCAAGCUGUGCGGCCCUGCGCCGAGGCUCCUCACCACCAAGCCGGAGCGUCUCAGGGCGAUAGUGGGGCGCGCCGAGGGCCUCGGCGUGCCCCGUGGCUCCGGGAUGUUCAGGUACGCGCUGCUGGCCGCCUCAUUCCUCGACGAGGAGAAGCUUGCCGCUAAGGUGGAGUUCCUGAAGAAGACGUUGAGGUGGUCGGAAGCUGAGGCGGCCAUUGCUGUCGCCAGGCAUCCGGUGGUGCUGAGGAACUCCCAGGACAAGCUGCUGCGCGUGUCGGAGUUCCUCAUGUCCGAGGUUGGGUUAGAGCCUGAGUACAUUGCGCACAGGCCAGCAAUGCUCAAUCAUAGCGUCGAGGCUCGGCUCAGACCCCGCUACUAUGUUGUAAAGUUUCUCAAGGAAAAUGGACUGCUAGAGCGUGACCGAAGCUACUGCACUGCAAUUCAGGUGAGCGAGAAGGUAUUCCUGCAGAAGUAUAUACGUCCUCACAAGAAUGCUGCGCCUCGCCUUGCCGAAGACUAUGCUGCCACUCUCAGAGGGGAAGUGCCCGCUAGAUUCAGAUUGCAGGAACCAACAGCAGGCUCUAUAAGUAUUUAGUUGCUUAUUUGCAUGAUGAUGAUUUCACUCUGGAGCUUGCACGGUAAGCUGGAAAGUCCUUAUCUGUGUGGUUCAUCUAACACUCUAACUGGGUGUUGGUUGGAUGUCUGCUAUUGGAUGUCACUUGCAGUUUUAGUAGUUGCUAAUGUUUUCUGAAUUAGGAUAUGUUUUUUGUUGUCAUGCAGUAGAGAAGAAAGCAUCACAUGUCAUGUUGAUACACAUUGUAUGAACAUGACUUGUUUAGUCUGCAAUUUGUACUAAGAAUAAACAAC